CAGAAGCGCUUGCUGAUUAAGAAUAUCGCUGUUGCAGUAUCAUUAACGAUUUAAAAUCCUUAAAAAAGUUAUCAUCUUUGUCGUUUCCCUCAGGGAAUGCAGAAAGAUGAGAGGGCCUGGGUUGAGGAACACUGAUGAGAUAGGCACCACCGCCACCAAGUGCCGUAUCGGCGGCCGGAAUUGCCACCGAAAACAGGUCGAAGACGGCUGAACCUCAUGCCGAUCUCCGUUUUCUUGUAAAUAUCCCGUUCAAAUUUUACUGUUUUUGUUUCACGCCCUUUGUAGUGGAUUUUUUUCUUUUGUGUUCCAAAAAAAUGGCUGAACAAGGCAAAGACGGUCACUCGACUUUGCUCCAAGGGAAGUACGAGCUGGGUCGGCUUCUGGGUUACGGAACAUUCGCGAAGGUGUACCACGCCAGGAACUUGCAGACGGGGAAGAGCGUGGCGAUGAAGGUCGUGUCGAAAGAGAAGGUGAUAAAAGUGGGAAUGAUGGAACAGAUCAAGAGAGAAAUCUCAGUGAUGAAAAUGGUUAAGCAUCCCAACAUUGUUGAGCUUUACGAAGUCAUGGCCAGCAAAUCCAGGAUUUACAUCGCCAUGGAGCUCGUUCGAGGCGGGGAGCUCUUCAAUAAAAUCGCUCGAGGUCGGUUGAAAGAAGACGUGGCCAGAGUCUAUUUCCAGCAAUUGAUCUCCGCCGUCGAUUACUGCCACAGCCGUGGCGUUUACCACCGCGACCUCAAGCCUGAGAAUUUGCUUCUGGACGAGCAUGGAAACCUGAAAGUCACAGAUUUCGGUCUCAGCACUUUCUCCGAGCACUUAUGGCAAGAUGGUUUGUUUCACACUACCUGUGGUACUCCGGCGUAUGUCUCUCCGGAGAUAAUCAGUAAAAAAGGUUACGACGGCGCAAAAGCGGAUAUCUGGUCGUGUGGUGUCAUCUUAUACGUCCUCCUCGCCGGGUUCUUACCCUUUCAGGACGACAAUUUGGUUUCAAUGUACAAGAAAAUUUACAGAGGAGACUUCAAAUGCCCGCCGUGGUUUUCAUCCGAAGCUCGAAGACUUAUUACGAAGCUCCUCGACCCGAACCCCAAUACUCGAAUCACGAUUUCAAAAAUCAUGGACUCGUCAUUCUUCAAGAAAUCGAUCCCGAAGAGUAUUAGGACGAAAACAGAGAAGGAGUCUGAUCCGGAUUGCGAUGAUAAUUUCGAGAAAUCAAAGCAGAAUCAGCCAGCAACAAUGAACGCUUUCCAUUUGAUAUCCCUAUCAGAGGGAUUCGACUUGUCGCCACUUUUCUCGGAGAAGAGGGAAGAAAAGGAUGAGAUGAGGUUCGCGACGGCGAGGCCGGCGAGCAGCGUGAUCUCGAGGCUAGAGGAGGUGGCGAGGGCGGAGAGAUUCAACGUGAAGAAGAGCGACACCAUGGUGAGGCUGCAGAGAAAGGAGUGUGGACGGAAAGGGAGGCUGGCAAUUGCGGCAGAGAUAUACGCCGUGACGCCGUCGCUAGUGGUGGUGGAGGUGAAGAAGGAUAACGGCGACACCUUGGAGUACAACCAGUUCUGCAGCAAGGAGCUCCGGCCCGCCCUGAAAGACAUUGCUUGGACAUCACCAACGGAUAGCCGACCCGAAUCGAUUCGUAGCCGAUCGUCGUUUUAAUUUAGUUAAGGUGAUUAUUGUAAUCUUCUGGUUUAGGAGGAUACAAAGCAAUUAGUGGGGAUUGAUGUUCCAUUUUUGUGUGUUUUGCUUUAAUUACUCUUGUUUACUUGUUAUACCCUUGUCCCUUGUGUGAUUGUGUUGUAUGUUUCCAAAGCCCUAUGAAAAUGGGAAGCUAGGGAACAAAAUGAUUCAACGACUUUGUUGUGUUGACUGUUUGAUGGUUCAUCAAGUGAUAGGGUUUUUCA